UGAAAUAUGUUAUUUAUUUAAAUGGCAAUUAAUUAAUUAAUAAUAAAUAAAACGCACACCUCUUGCUGUUCAGAAGGUUAUUUGUGUUUGUUUACCGCGCUGCUUGACAUAGGAAGAAAGUAUAAAUUUUGCAAAAAAAUAUGUGUUUUGAUGAAGUAUUUCUCGCAGUGAUAUAAACGUCUCCUAAGUUGGUUUACCCUCGUUUAUAUAUAUAUAUAUAUAUAUAUGUAUUGUACCUAAAGCGAUUUAAUCCUGUGUGCUUGGUGGUUUUUAUUUCGUGCUCUGUGUCAGUAUGUUAAAAAUAAUUGCGUUAAAAAAAAAGAAAUCAAGUCACGUGCAAAAAAAUCUAAUUAUGAUUUAAAUAAAUUUAAAAAAAAGGAAACAUUUUUUUCUCCAAAAAAUCUACUUUUAUUUUGGGCAGACACUUUCAUUAGCAUUUAAUUUCAAUGGACGGAAACUAUGCGCGAAAACAUAGUUAGUAAAAGGAAUGUUUUUGGGAAAUAGUUUAAAAAGUGAAAGAUAUCUGAAAAUAAUUAGCCUCUGAAAGAAAAGCUGAUUGUAUGAAAAUUUACUGGAAUCUACUGUACAAACGAAGAAUUUCUUUCCGCUUUCAUUCACUGGCUGUGAUGCUGCAUAGAAUGUUCUUCGUAUACGGCCUACAACAAAUCCUUAUAUUCUUUGUUAUUUUCAUUACAAUACCAGAAUCUUACAGUUUACGUGAUGUACGAGUGAAAAUUCCGCAUACUAUACGGCGCGGACAAAAAGCCAUAUUGAAGUGUCUCUAUGACAUUGAGGAUGAUACACUAUAUGCAGUGAAAUGGUAUAAGGGGCGUAGAGAAUUCUAUCGUUAUACGCCCAGCGAAGAGCCUCCAAUGCAAGUUUUCCAAUUUCCUGGCGUACGAGUGGAUCGUUCCACUUCAAAUGAAACACACUUGGUAUUGGAUUCAUCCACUAUGGCUACGGCUGGCAAAUAUAGUUGCGAAGUAUCAGCAGAUGCUCCGUCAUUCCAUACAUUGAUAGCAGCUGGCGAAUUGCAAGUUGUUGAAUUGCCACACCAUCAGCCACUUAUCACUGGCAUUCGGUCACGUUACCAUAACGGUGAUAUAUUGCGCGGCAAUUGUACAUCGCGCCAUUCGAAGCCAGCAGCAAAUCUCACAUGGACAGUGAAUAAUGAAGAGGUGCAGCCUUCCCAUGUCCGCCAUUUUAAAGUACUUCGAGAUUCUAAAAGUGAAAUGCAAACAUCUGUAAUUGCUUUGCAUUUUGUCGUUAAUGAGCAUCACUUUCAAAAGGGAAAAAUGAAGAUCCGCUGCAUAGCGCAAAUUGGCGAUGUUUACUACACAACUACCGAGAAAAUUGUUCUUUGUGCGGCAUAUCAUCAUCACCAUCAUAAUUAUCAUUAUCAACGGUAUGAAAAUGACGAAAAUGAAUUCAAUAACGUCAUAACCAGUAAUAAAGAUUAUGCUGCCGACGUUAACCAGUAUGCUUUGCAAGAUAGAACGUUAGUCGGGCAAAGUACGGGCAGCAGCAAUAACUACAUAAGUCAAGUGCAAGAUUUCUUCUCUCAUUUACUUACCAAUAAUCAAGCAGAAUUAACAGCCUGGUCUACCGCUGGUAAUAUUGAUGAAGCAAAAAGCUGCAGAACUUUGCUAUAUUUAUGGGUUUUUUAUUUCCUAGUAACAUUUUUUCGGUUAACUUAAAUUUAUUCAAAAGUCUAAGAAAUUUUGAUGUCUUUUUCAAAAUAUUGUCUA